UAUAAAAUUAAAUAAAAUAAAGUUAUAAAAAAUGUGGUGUAACAAUGGUAUACAUCCAGAAUUGAGCGAGCCACCAAAUAUAGAUGCUGCCGAAUCCCAGUUAAAUCACGUUAUUGGCGACGAAAGCGGAGAUGGGCCACCACCCCAGUGCGUGCAGCGCAAGACUUCUGGCCUGUUGGCAUGCGUAACACCACGUCUGCUAAGUGCUAAUAGCUUUGGAGGUCCUGCUCGCAGGAGCAUUGCACAACGACGUCCUGGACUAUCUCGCGCAACAGAAGAUAUUUGGCACUCCUCUCCAAACGUGCAGCUAAAUGAGAUUCCAAGCACGAGCUCUGCAGCUUUUCCAACUCCAUUACCCUACAACGAGCAGCUGAACCCAGGUCGAAACGUAUUGGCCGAUUCUACCAUGUGCAGUCAGUUAGCCCAAGCUAAUGGAAUACCAUCGGUUGCCGCAGAGAUCCAUCGGGCAUUUAAUAAUGCCCAACAGCUGCUGGCGGAACUAGAGAACCGUCAGCUGCCGUUCUAUAGCGGUGGGUUGUCCAGUCAAUCAAAUACUGGACAUGGAUUGUCCCUGUCUAGGGUGAACUUAGUCUCUCGGCUGGAACACCAAAUGCACUCCAUAUUGUUGGACACCACACACAUACUAAGCGACGCUGCCACCAGUCGACGACUUCACCCAAUUGGUCAGUCGACAAUGUCUCUCUCACAAAAUUAUUCCAGCUUCUAUUUACCACUUUAUUUGAGGGAUCUAGGUAGUUCAACUGUUCAAAAUGUAAGUUCGAUGGGUUAUUCGCCGUCCCACAAUCCAAACUCACGAAAUCUGGCUCAUUAUGGCUAUGAUCCGGCCAGGCCUCCCAACCCAAUAAGCAAUGACUUCAAUAGCGAUUGGACAAGCGAUUAUGUGAACCAUCGCUUGGUUCCCCCAUCGCCCACCGAGGAAUCUAAUUACUAUCCAGCUGGUGGUGGCAUAAGCAAUUACCCUUCCGAGGCGCCCAUCUUGGGGUCACAUUAUUAUGAGCGCCCUGAGGAGCUCUCGAUGGAAACUGUACCGAGUACUGGUCCGAAUGGACCACAGCAGAAUCCUCCACCGAUAGAGGAGGCUGAACAACCACCCCUACCCUUUCAGUACUAUUGGAACAAUGUUGCUCCAGGCGCUAAUUUGGAAAAUGUAUCACAAAACGACAAUAUCGGCAACAUCGACAACAAUAACAACUUUGUAACCCAAUAAUACAAGUAUUCGAAAGUAACAUAAACAUGUAUUUUUGAAUUGGUUUUCAAAUGUAAAUUAUGCUCGUAAUGUCCCGGAAAAGCAACUUAAAUUAUUUGUGAAAACACACACUCACAUAAAAACUGAAAAAAAAAAAAGAAAAACUCA